AUGGCAGCAUCAUUCGUCUCGAAGAAAGUCUCCUUAAGCAUGAUUCAAGUCAGUAUCGUUUUACUAGGCCUUUUAGUUAUCGGUAAUUGGGCAGCGCCAGCAGGUGGAGAACUGGAAGAAAUUUACUUUGAAACUUGUCAAGAAAGUUGUAGUGUCGUGAAAAAUGAAGACGAAGCAAGUGAAUGUCGUGAGAAGUUUUGUUCCAGCUAUACGAAUUAUUUACUGACCGGAACGACAAUCCCAGACUCGGCAACAAGUCUCGCAACGAGUCAUCACAAAGAAGCAGCAGAAUUCUGUGCGACAUGGAUGCUCCAUUUAAUCCAAGAACUUGGUUGGCAACGACGUAAUCGCUUGAAUGCCAAAGACUGCAUCUGUGCAGCUGGCAAUGAUUGCUUUGUUUAUCACAAUCAACCGAAGUAUCUUCAAUAA